AUGCCUAAGUCGAUCGGAGACAUUCCAAUGAGUGUAGAACAGCAACUACACAUCAUCAAUGGUGGGUUACUAAAGUGCGAAGAUAUGCAUGAUGGAUCAUGCUUGGCUGAUGCUUUAAUAAGGUUUGUAAAAAUUUGGAAUAAUUCAUAUAAAUAUUAUAUUCCAAUUCAUUUAAUCCCCCUCUUAUUAUUUUAACGAAAGAAAUUAAAAUAGAAUCCAGGCAAGACAAUAAAGUAAUUUUUAUUGGAAUUUUGUGGUUCUUUAUUUUUUGUUGCAGGUUACAUCUCUGCUUGUAAAUACGUUUUUUGUGUGCUGAGAACAUUGAAAUACAACAAUAGAAUAUCCUUAAGUUUUUCUGGAUUGUUUUCUGGAGUUUUUCUUUUUGGAGAAAAAUUAAAUAGAAGAGCUGAAAUAACUAUCUUUUUAGCCCCAAAAUUCUUAGAAACUGUUUGGCAUAUGUUACAGAAAAGAAAUUUGGUAAUGAAAAUUGAUUACUGGGAAUAUUUUGUUUUUGGAAUUGCUAUGGGAAUAAUAAAUUAUUAUUAUAUCAAUAAUCCUAACCAAAUUAAAUACUCUUAUUUGUAAGUAUUCAAAAAAAUAUGGAAUUGA